AUAGAAAUAACAGAUUUGAGAUUACAGAGCAACACAAGCUAACACUAUAGUACACUACUAAAGUACUAACAGUAUUGUCAGUAUUUCACUUUUCCACAAGCGUCAAGUACUCGUUCAAUCUAUGAAUUAGAUAUUUCAAUGUUUGGAGUUUAAUGUUUACAAAUUACAAUUAAUCACUCAUUAUUUAUUCAUUGUUUAUUAUUUUUUUUUUUCACAAAAUUGGGUUGUUCUGUUUACACUUUUACAAUAUUUUUUACAAAAAUGAUUAGAAUUAUUAAAGUAACUAACUGCAUCUGGGGAAAUGUAAAUCACGCUCAAAGGUUUUCAGCAAGUGUCUUACGUUUUUCUACUUCUGCUGUUAAAGAUCGUUAUUAUACUGAAAAACAUGAAUGGAUUGAUGUGAAAGAUAAUAUUGGUACUAUAGGAAUUUCAGAUUAUGCUCAAGAUGCUUUAGGUGAUGUAGUUUAUGCUGAGCUGCCUUCUGUCGGAACAGAAGUAAAAAUAAAAGAUGAAUGUGGUGCAUUAGAKAGUGUCAAAGCUGCAAGUGAACUGUACAGUCCUGCAUCCGGCAAAGUGAUUGAAAUAAAUUCUCAGGUGGAAACAAGACCAGCAUUAAUAAAUCAAUCUUGUUAUGAAAACGGAUGGCUUUUCAAAUUAGAACUAUCAUCUAUGGAAGAAAUAUCAAAAUUAAUGAAUGAAGAACAAUAUGCUGAAUUCAUUAAACAGGAUCACAGUUAAUGCUUAAGUAAGUAACUGAUGAUCUGUUAGACAAAAUUAACUAAGAAAAUUAUUAAUUGUUUUAAAUUGAUUAAUUUUUUAUAUCUACAAGUACCCUAAGUAUAUGUGACUUUUUUUUU